AUGACCUCAGACUAUCCUCUCUCCUCGUCGCCGCGUCGCCGAGACGCGCCGUCGCCGUGCGCCUACCUUCAUCUCAUCGCAACUCGAGCACAUCUCCCUCCGUUCCACGGCGACAUCCCAAAGCCACCACGGCCGUCUUUCAUCGACAAGGGCCUCUGGACACGGCCGCCGCCUCCCCGUCCGCCGUUCACCUUUGUCCUGAUCAAUUUUCUGCUUGUUUGCCCAUUUUCGAGCCGCCGCCGCCGCAUGGUGCGAGUUGCACUGUUCAACGGUGCCGGAGCCAUGGUCGAUUUCGCAGUGACCCUUCUGUCAACGAUGCUUCCUGUCUUCGGCCUGGACGGACGGAAUCGAUACUCGUCUUCGCCUUCGGCGACUUACCUAUCCCCUAGGCGAUUGAACGGCCGGAAUACCUUCCCCGGCGACGAGGUCGAGGUCGAAAGUGAGCCGAGUGACGCUGAAAGCAACCCCCCCCUCCGCUCGCCCUCGGGCGUCGGACUCGAAGACGAAAUUGUCGUCGACGCCCAAGACGCCAAGCUCCCGGAACCCACUCCUCCCGUUGCCGCGGCCGCGACGCCCGAAGACGUCACCAUGGACGAUGCCCACGAUCCAUCCGCCGUCUCGCAUUACCCGAAGCGCAAGCGCAACUCGCUAUAUCAAGAUCUGAGCGAGACGAGGAUGGAGAGCUCGCAGCCUAGCCCCCAACCCCGCGAUGGCAAGAAGGCCAAGGGGUCAAAGGAAGGCACCGUCAAGGUCGCCACCCUAGGUUGGUGGCGAGACUCCAACGUCCCCGAGCUGCACCAGAAGCACGUCGUCGUCGGCUUCAUCGACAUUAGAGAUCGUCUACGGACCCGCAUCCAACCCCAGACCAUGGCCGGAGAGCCCCUCACCGGCUAUCCCCUUCCCCCAGGGCCUGGUGGCAGCUGGGUCACGUUCGAGCGCAUCAUCUUCUCCGAUCAUCUCGUCGGCUUGGAUCACGCCCAGGUCAAGGAGUAUACCCGGCUCCGCUGCGAGGUGAGGCACGCGGAGGCGGACGAGGAGCGCGCCGUGACGGAGGCCGAAGCCGUCAGGGAGGCCAUGCGCCGCGUCAGGGAGAACCCGGCCUACGACAACCCCGCCGUCCCUCCACCCAUUGCUCGCGGCGUCGACCUGGCCUCGCGUCACGCGCUGCCCACCCGCGCCGACUCGAAGCGGAGGAAAACGAACAACGGCUUUUCCAUCCUUGGAUCGACGCCCAGGACGACGCCCGCUCCGGAGCCGGGCCUGGCCAAGCCGUCGCCGCAGCCCAUGUCCGCUCAUCAGAAUCGCUUCUCCAUCGACCCCCUUCCCGGCACGCGCCCCACCCGCAUUCUUAUCGGGCACUGGAGCGGUUCCAGCGAGCCUGACCUCCGGGACCGCCACGCCGUCUACGGCAUUCUCGGCCAGAACGACAUGUUCCGAGUCAAGGUCGUCCGAGAGACGCGCGACGGUCGCUUCGUCGACGGCAACUUCCCCACGGGCGCCGGCGCGCUGUGGAUCCCCUACGAAGAGGUCGGCUUCGACGCCCAUCUCGUCGGCCUCAGCCGACAGGAGGUCAAGGAGUACUGUCGCGUUCGGCAGUACCAGUUGGAUCACAAAGAGCAAGAGGCCGACCGCGAGGCCAACGAGCGCAAGGCCGUAGCCGAGGCCAAGGCGCGCGCCGGCGCCACCUUCAAGCUGCCCGCGGCGCCCGACGCACCCGAGGCCUUGGAACGCACCUCCGCCAUUGCCCGUCGCGAGAUUGCCCGAGUCGAGGCCGCGCAGAGCCGCGCUGACCUCCACGCCUUGAGUCGGGAGCGGGCCGCCGCCGCCGCUGCGGGUGCCACUACUGCCGCCGCCGCCGCCGCCGCCGCCGCCGCUUCUUCGCCCACCGUCUUGUCCAACGGCAGAGCUCUCUUCCACGAGUCGGACGAGAUGCGGCGCUUGAACAAGGUGUGGGCGCGGCAGGAGUCGAUUCGCGUCAAGGCCGGUGCCGAGGAUGCGAAGAUGUACGACGGCGUCAAGUACGAGCGCAAGGCGACGGGUCCCUUCAUGGGGAAGCUCGUGUCGCAGGGCACCAUCAUCAACAUUGACGGAGACGACUACGUCGAAUACCGCGUCCUGACCAAGCCCUCGUUCUUCUAA